GCAGUCAGUACUGAGCUAGACGUUGGUGGUAGAGGGUGUGUGCUCUCGCUCUCUGUGAUAUAUUCCCUUUAAUCCUAUUCCUAACUGGUGUUUCUUGUGCCUGGAUAAUUUUCACACACACUGUCAAAUAGCAUUUCGUAGCGCGUUUGCUAUAUAUACAUAUACUUCGUCUUUUGUAAGAUGGUUGUGGUGGCGGAGUGAUAGUAAUGAGUGUGGCGGUGUCCGCGUCCACGGGGCUGGGGGCGUCGCGGCCGUCCCAGGAGGACCACACCGAAGUCUCUGAAGUGGACGGCUGGCGGCAGGACGUAAGGGCCAAGGUGACGGCACUAAAGUGCCACGUCAUGGCCUCCAGGGGGCUCACCUCCGAUGGGCACAUAGUAGCGCCAUACUCACCGAGGCUUCUCCUAGAUGCGCCUAGUGCUCGUCUACUACUCGACGCGGCUAAUCUGGACCUGGAGGCUUACGCUGAGGCACUUCAAAAGGGUGCGGGUUAUCUGGCGAAGGCCGAUCAGUCGCAGAAUGGCUCCGGCGAGGAAGGGUCGACGGAUGCCUUGUCUCUCAGCGAAGUGCAGUUUCGCCUGCAGGAAACUGGGGUCAGUAAUGGCCAUAACACCCCCAAAAUCUCGGUCACUCCAGCCUCAUCCCCCACUAAGUCUAUAUCGAGCAGCUCUAAUAGGUCACACUCAUCCUCCACCUCCUCAGCCUCUUCGUCCACAUCCAACUCUUCCUCGUCCUCCUCCUCCUCUUCCACACAUUCUCCAGCUAAAGUGGUUGAAAUGAACGGACACUCUUUAAACGGGUCGUGUGAGGUGGUCAAUGGAUCACAGCCUUCGAGACUUGAAGACGUCGAAGAGCAGCUGGAGAAGGUAAAGGACGAGCUAAAACACAAAGAGGACGAAGUGGAGCGGUUAUCUAAGAUUAGGGACGAGGUUGAAAACGAACUGCAGGAACUGACAGCUAAUCUAUUUCAGGAAGCCCACAGUAUGGUUCACAAUGCCAACCUGCGAGCUGCCAGUGCAGAAAGAUCACUACGGGAGGCAGAAAUGCAGGUGGAGGUGCUUCAGGCAGAGGUAACAGCCCUUAAGGCUUUGGUAAUCACCUCAACACCAGCUGCUCCUAAUCCUCACCUCCACCCACAGCUCAUCAGUAAGAGUGUUGCAGAAACAGGUAAAAAAAUAUUCCAAAGAGGUCAUCGCAAAUCUCCAUCAGACUUUGACCUUAAAUAUGGGCGGGAUACCACUCCCCCAAGUUCUCCACUAAAAGAAAGUCGAAUCAAUGAUGCAGCAGCUCUCUCUCAAUUUCCAUUGGAUCCUGAGUGUUGGGAGGUGGAUCCAGUUGUACAUAAAGAAUUUAUUGCUUGGAAACAGAAUCCAACCUUAGAUCGCUCAGAUCCAUUCAUGCAGCGGAUAUACGAAGAAGAUAUAGAUCUGUGUCUAGCAUUUCCAAAUUCAAUGUUGGCACAUCGUGUUCAAAGGGCCAUAGAAGAUAAUGCUGUGUUUAUUGAAGAAGUUAACCCACGGCAAAAAAGUAGUUGUCCUAGAGUUGACCCCGAUGAAACCAGAAAGUGUGUGCUGUUAGAUGUUCCUCGCUUCUGCAAGUACCGGUUUCGACUUGGGGAAUCUGAUGACUGGUAUUAUAUCUCACAGCUGGCCAGAAAUAGGAUCAUUGCCAUCUGUGACUUUCUCAACUAUUUACGAUACAUUAAACUUGGUCUAGUCAAGAGUUCGAUUCACGAUGUGUACUGGGAGAUAGUGAAGCUUCGAAAGCCAGAUGGCUCUGGCACGUCUGGGAUUUUGAGCUUCCUCAGUCAUUCAUUUGCUAAAGUUUUGUUGUAAAUCACUAAAAAAUGCCAAAAGUGUUCUGGCAUAUUUAUAAUAGAUAUUAAUGUGACACUAUAAGCAUCUUGGCAAAUCUUUUAUUAAGCUUUAGUAUUCAUGUACCAGCACAAGUAGUCAUGUGUGUACUUCUCUUGAUAAAGAAAUUUAUGAUUGAACACUACAUGACCAGAAAAAAUGAUAGUAAUAUUGAAUUGAAGUGAAUGGAAAAUUCAGUAGGAACAGCUGUGAGAUCAGUUAGGUUGUAAUGACUGUGUUGGCCUGCAAGCUGCUGGCAGCAAUAAUCUGAUUGAACUGAAAUUAACAAUGGUGUGGCCUCAUUCCAGGCUUCAAGAGUAGAUUGUCAAAACUUGUCACAUUUGAGAUACUCAGUUUCACGAUUUUUUGUUUUUCCAUCAUUCAUGAUACUGUCACUCAUAGAACACUUGGAAUUUUAUAGAUAUACAUUAUCAGUUGUUCUGUUGUUAUAAGUGCAGUGCCGUACACAAAAAUAUUUUUGCAUAUUAUGAUCAAUUUAUUUACAAUAACCGGUACUGAAUUAAAUUUUUGCUAGGUAUAUUAUUGUUGUACCAUGGUGAAACUUGGGAAAGUGAUGCAUCUCUGUAUUGGUAAUGCGACCAUGUCAUAUUAUAGUCUGUGAUGUUGUGCAUCUGAAAACGUUGUUGUGCAUCUGCAACGUUGCCUCGGAUUGUUAUGCAAAUGAUCAUUUAUCAGAAGCUCAUAUUUUUUUCCCUAAAAUUGCAGAAGUUUAGACCACGGGGUAAGUGCAGGGAAGAAUAGUAGAUAAGGUUUUUGUAGUGCUGUUAUUUACUGUUGCACGUAGGUCAUGUUUAACUUAGGCUUUAAUCUGAAUAAGGUGGUGCUUGUUCACUUGUAUAGAAUAACAAGUGCUGCUUUAGCCUUGAGUAUUAUCUUUCAGAUGUAAGGCCUGUGAUAAUCUACACUCUGUGUAGUAAAAGUUUGUAAGUAGAUCUGUAUCCUUUGGUAUAUACCUAUACUAUUCUGGCAAAUGAUUUUGUUUUAUAUAAAAUAAUUCUAUUCAGCCAACAUUAAUUUGAGCCUUUAUAAUAAAGGUCAGCAACUUUAUAAAUAUACUGUGGGUUAAUCAGUGAAACCUAAGCAUGGAGUACAAUAACUAUAGAUAUAGUACUGUAUAUUCACAAUUUUUUUAUACAUUUUCCUAUUUACCAUUCAUUUUAGUGAAAAUGGGGAUUUGUCAUACCCAUGCAUAAUUAAAAUCUUAAUUAUAAGUUAUCCUUAAGUAACUGUUAGAUGUUCUCUCUCUCUCAAGAUCUGACAUUUUGUAAAUAUAUACAUAUAUAUAAUAUAUAAAUCUGUAUUUUACAAAGAUUAUAAAAAAACUUUUAUUAAUACUUCAUUGUUAGUCCCUAAUGGUUUCAUUGUAUUUUCUGUAUAAUUUUUAUUUAAAAAUUAUUAUGUAUUACUACUGGUACUAUGAAGUAGUGACUUUGUAAUGUUUUAAAUUUUAUGGGUGAGGCAAAGAUGGAAAAAGGACUUAAUAAUUUAGUAGCUGAGUAUGAAUGGGUCAUUGGGUACUGCAUGCUAACAAAAUACUCGAAAAGGGACUUUCAAACAAGAAUUUUUAACAUGUCAUAAGUGUUAACAUUAUCCAUUUAAAUUUGCAGUGAUUUUAUUAAAAGUGUAGAGCUAGGAUGGAUUGGAACUCAAACCAAGGUUUGUGCAUGUAGCAGGUCCAAAACUGUAAUUCUCAGCCAUAGAGUGUACAGUAGGUUUCGAGUCCUAGUCCAUUGUUCCAUGUAUUCAUUGACAGUCACUCAUUAUCUUGUAUUAAGAGGAUAUAAAUUGGAAAAACAAAUUAUUAUAAAGGUAAAUACUAAAUGAUGCUGUUAAUUUACUAUUUUAAUCAAAUGUUUCUGUGUCAAAUAUGUAAUAAAAAUAAUUUUAGAAAAUUGGAGCAAUUACUAUUAUUGUAUUCACAAAAAGUACUAAACCCAAUAGAUCUUUUACCAUAUUAAAAAACUGAAGCACUAAACCUGUAGGCCAUUAUUCCUUCAUCUGACUGAUCAGAAUUCUACAAAAUUUUGUAUCUAUAGUGAAAAAUAGAUAUCAGUUUUAUAAUCCAUGCUUAAAGAGAUAAGAGUAUAUGUAGUGGAGGGAAGGCACGGUAGGGGUCGGCCUAGGAAAGGUUGGAGAGAGGGGAUAAAGGAGGUUUUGUGUGCGAGGGGCUUGGACUUCCAGCAGGCAUGUGUGAGUGUGUUAGGAGCGAAUGGAGACAAAUGGUUUUUAGUACUUGAUGUGUUGUUGGAGUGUGAGCAAGGUAACAUUUAUGAAGUGAUUUGGGGAAACUGGCAGGCGCGACUUGAGUCCUGGAGAUGGGAAGUACAGUGUCUGCACUCAAGGAGGGGUGUUAAUGUUGCAGUUUUAUAACUGUAGUGUCAGUGCGCCUCUGGCAAGGCAGUGAUGGAGUGAAUGAUGAGAGUUUUUCUUUUUCGGGCCACCCUGCCCUGGUGGGAGACGGCUGAUGUGUUAAUAAAAAAAAAAGUAGCAGACAUUUACUGGUAAGUAUUUAAGUUUUCAAAUUUAAUAUAUCAGGCUCUAUCAUGCCAAAAAAAAUUAAUCAGUAAUUUCAUUUAAAUUUCUUAAUUUGUCAAAAAUAAUAGUUUCUGAUACCUUAAAUUGUAGAUAUCAUUGCUUGUUCUAAAAAUGUAUGGAGAGGAUUAAUGUUGCUCUACCUUAAAUUCUGACUGCUGAUGUAGGUUGAUUUUGACCUUGUUGGACAGGGUUGCUGUGGUCAUACUGGAUUGAGGUAGAUGGCUGUGGUUCUUGGGCUGAGAUCGACACAGCAUUGUUACUUGGUACUCGGAUAUUCUGUAAGGCAUCCUGGCUGUGUUUUAUCCUGCAGUACUUUAGACAGCUUAUGAUGAGGCAUCAGUACUCCAGACCCUGAUUCACAGCAGUGCUUGUAGACAAGUCAGGGUUCCUCAGUCAAACAGUCUGCAGCUUUACCAAUAGCAUGCAUUGUCUCAUGUAUAUAUAUCUUUUGAGUGUCAACUGUUUAGCUUCAGGUUCUUCCUCAUCCUUUUCUAUUAUCUUAUGGUGUAUGACCCUUGUGGGUUUAGCACUUACACAAAUAAUUACGACGAUGUUUUAGUCCGACUUGGACCAUUUACAAAGUCACACUCGUUGUGACUGCAGAUUGUUCCAGUCGCAAUAUUGUACAUUUUUGUUAUUUAUUUAGUACUUAGUUAUGAUUAUAAUAAUAAUCUGUUAUUUGCCUCCCAUCUAUCUGGGAAUCGAGUACUUUUAUCAUUUUCUUGUAGCUUUUUUUUUUUUUUCAUUUUCUAAGAAUUCAUUUAUGUCUUCUGCCUCCAUAUCUUUAAAAUCCUCACCUGGCAUUUUCCUUGCCAGAUCCACAGUUUCCUGGACUUUCUAUUGAUGAAAAAUCUGUGAAAUUCUUCACCACACUAGUCCAUAAUUUUCUUUAGCAUGCAUCUGUUGUUUGAGGCACUUAGCCCAUGUAACUUGUAUGUAGGCUAUUGAAUCUGCAAUUUUAAAUUUAUGCCAGAACACUAACACUAGUGUCUUUAUUGUCAUCUACUGCUGCAAGGAGUUUCCAUAUCUUUUGUGUCUAGUGGCACCUAAGUGUCUUAAUCACUCUUCCAUCCAGUGGUUGUAUCAAAUGUUGAAUUUGGUGGUAAAAAAAAAAAAUUCACAUGUAAGUGCACGAACUGCAAAAGCAGAAGAUGGCUAUGGGAAUUAUCAAGAGGGAGAACCUUGAGUGAGAAGUUCUUUUAGAACAAGUACAUCAUGACUGAAGAAAUAAAACAAUGCUUGAAUUGCUCGCCAAACAAUGCCUCAUUCAUCCAUGCUGUCUUGUUGGACAGCCAAAUAUCAGGCAGUGUUUGUCUACAUUUGUAAACAUGAAGACACUGGGAGUGGUAAAUAAGUAUCAGCUUGCACUCAAAACUGCCUGCUACAUCAAUGCACAUAAUGCUGUUUCGACAUUAAACACUCAAGCUUUUACCCACUCUCAGAAAUAAAUUUCUCCAGCUCUGUAGGGAAGUUUCCUGUAGCAGUGUAGCCAGCAGAUGCACUUUCCACACUAAGCUCGAUAAUUAUUUAGCCACUUGCAAGCUUAAACUGUUGAAUCAUUUCAGACUUAUCUUCCUGCUCACAAAUUAUUUUAUAAUACAAUAUAAUAUAUUUAUCAUAAGGGCACUAAGUGAAACGCCUUUCUUUGUUUUAUGCUCAAUCAAUGCAUUCAAACUUUUGUCAGCGUUGUAUGACCCUUGUGGAUUUAAGGCUGAGUUCUGAUUGUAAUAAUAAUAAACUUUUGUUUUAGCAGUAUUGUCUGAUAUUUUUUUCAGCAUUCUGCAUUUUGGGUUACUCAUUGCAAAAGCUCUUCUCAUCUCACUGUCUUAAACCGAAGGAACUGUUGAUUCUCUAACACCAAAGGCAAGCACCAUCUUCAUCACAUAUGCACCAUUUUUAAGCUUAUCUAUAAUCUCCAGUUUUCAAAACAGUCAGUUUCAUGGUUACACUUUUUGCAAUUUCAGCAUCACUAGUAUUCCUUUUGUGGCUUAGCGCUUCUUUUUGAUUAUAAUAAUAAUAGUAUUCCUUUUUUUAAAUUUAUUGAAAAUGAGGUAUGUAGUAGUGAACGUUAGAGUCUACUCUAUUAUUUCCUUAGAUUUGAGGGGACUAUAUUUGCUAAAUAAAUUGCAGCAGCAUCCAAAUUUAAGUCCUUUAGUGCAUGGCUUGACACUUAAUUUUUUUUUCCCUUAAAAAUUAAAAUGCUGUGAUAAAGAAUUUUGUUGUACAUUCAGAAAAAAUUGAUGUUGGUUUAAGGUACUAAUAUAAAAUUAAAUAUUACUGUGAUUAAUAAAAAUUUAUGCAAGAAAAACCCAUGUUCCAUGCAUAAACUGGUCUGUCAGGAGACUUCUAAGAGUCAUCUUCAGUAUUAUUGAAGGAUCUGUUUGUUAACAUUUUCUAAAAAAAAAAAAAGUUUAAUAAAACAAUUAGUUGUAUAAUUUUGUGCCAUCUUUUCUCACUGACAGUUUGUAUAACAUAUACACAAACAUACACAUGCACAUUAUGUACAAGUCUUCCCAAAGAGUCAGCAGAUCUAGAAUUAAAUGCUAAAGAGUU